AUGGGCCCCUCCUCAUGGAAGCUGACAUGCCUGGUCCUGGGGAAUCAGAUUCGCUGCGUGUCGGGCACCCGGGCGCAGGGGGGCCCAGGACCAGCCCCGGGGUCUGCUGUCAGCGGCCCUCGCUGUGGAGGCCUGCUCUCCGCGUGGCGUCUGGAGCCUCUCUGCAGACCGGGCAGGGAGCUUGGGAAGAUGGCCAAUGGAAACAAGGCCGCCUGCACCCCAGGGCUGCAGCCUCAGAACCACUGCCCCGUCUGGGCGGACGCAGGAGACCACGGCCCCCCAUGGCCCCCUGGCCUUAGGAAGAGCCAGAUCAGGCAGUGCAGUGCCGCUGUGAGACCCUCGGAGCUCAGGCCCUCUGCGGGCUAA